UUCGCUUGCACGGAAGUAUUUUCCUAUAUAAACUUGUCUUCAGACCCUUAGUGUUGUUCAGUCUUUAGUACACACCAGAUCAACAAAUCAAUCGACAUGUUCAAACUCGUAGCUCUUUUGUUUCUGGCGUCAGUCGUCGUCGCCAAGCCAGGACACUUAUCUCCUAUAUUAACGGACUUGGUAUCAGAAAAAGUCAUCGAAUCUCAUGGAAAUAGUAUCGUUCAUUCAAGUGCUCCAGUCGUUCAAUAUCCAACUCUUUACAGUGCACCCAAUGUAUACCACGGAAUUCCACUUGCAUACCAACAAUACCAACCGGUGGUUUAUUACAAAUGAAAAAACGACGCAUUACUUUUCUAAUUUUUUUUUGUAGGACUGUAUACAAAAUUUGAAAUGAACUGAGAACAUAUGAAGAACUGUUGAAUGUAAUGAGUCAAAUGUUAGUAGUUUUCAUUAGAUGUUCUAUAAAAAAUGUAUCAUUAGUCCUAGAGUAAAAGGAAUAUUGAAGAUUUAUAAAAAAUGAAUAAUUUUCAAUAUAUCUUUUGACGCUGGCUAUUAAUGAUAUAUCUUUUUUUUAGAAAAUUUCUGACUAGACUAGCGCAAUUGAGCAUUCUGUGUGAAAAGGCUGUACAACUAUAAAAUAAAAUCUUAUACAUGUUUAC